GUUCCGACGAGAUGCCCUGUUUCAGAAGUAGCAAUCGCGAGCAAUAUAAAGAUCGAUGCGAGAAGUACGUUCACCCGGAAUCGAACAAGGAUUCGGUCCCAGAUUCGCCACGACGUCGCCACCAACCAUCGUGGCGCUGAGCGGACUUACAUUUAGGGACGAGUACAAGCGCACUGCUUACGAUAUCAACGUUUCCUUCUGGCCCUCCGUAAUUAUUUCUAUUGCAAUUGCCAAGUUUCUUGCUGGAGUUCGUUUGUUCCAGUAUCUGGUGCGAAUCGGCUACCUGAACAUAAGGCAAUCACUUAAAUGAUCACUCUCUCCUCAGCCGUAUGACACAUUAAUGUGUAUACAAUGUCUAAGCGUUCUCUAGCUUCAAGGUCGUCGGUUCCACGAAAGAAAAAGACGAAGCUUGAGACACACCAACAAUCGAGGCUUGAUAGUUUCUUCAAUAAUUCUCGCCAAAGAUCGUCUAGUGGUCCUUCGAACAAGGGCGAAGCUGCAGCGUCUUCUGGCACAACGGCCGCCGUGACGGACGAUGCGUUCCCACUCACAGCCAUAGCAAGGGACGAGGCCUAUGCUAGGCUGCUUGCUGACGAGGACGGCUUAACGCUUGACGUUCUCUUGAGGUUAGAAGCAGAAGCAUCUCACAAAUCCCCUUUACCCACGACAAACGGGAAACCCGAAGUGAUAGAUGUAGACAUGCUUGAUGACGAUGAACAGCCUGUUGCGGGACCCUCAAACCGGGCCAUCGAAAAGUCAAUUGCUGAUCAUCGCAUUGAGUCGCCACCCGCAUCUUCUCAGCCCUACAAAUCCACUAAGCCUGCAUUCAGCAGCGACAGCCCGAACAUUCUUCCGACUUACGAAUCCCUUUGCAUAGACCCGACUGCCUUUGAUCCAGGCUCUCUAGAUUGGUCCCCGAAUUCGCCUAUACCAUAUUCGUUCUUAGCCCAUACCCUGUCCACCCUAUCAGCAACCAAGUCGCGGAUAGCAAUUUUGAAUAUCUUGACCAAUUGUCUUCGUUGUAUUUCCAGAUACCACCCGCCGUCUCUUCUCCCGGCCUUGUAUCUUUUGUCUAACUCCCUCUCACCGCCAUAUUCUCCUCUUGAAUUAGGACUCGGAUACUCCAUCAUUUUGAAGGCGAUACAGCAGCUGUCCGGUUUGACAUCUGCUGCUCUGAAACGUCUAUAUACCGUUACUGGAGACCCAGGGGAUCUUGCAUACGAGGCUAAGAGCAAUGUUCGCACUCUCAUACCUCAUCCACCCUUGCUCAUCACAGGUGUCUACGAAUCCCUCCUCAAGAUUGCCUUUUCUCGUGGGCAAGGUGCUGCCAAGCAGAAGCAGGCAGUAGUGGAGAAGCUGCUUGUUGCAGCACGCGGAGAAGAAAUUCGGUAUCUUGUCCGCACAUUAGCUCAAAACCUCCGUGUUGGCGCUGUCAGAACAUCAAUGCUUACCGCUCUAGCAAGGGCCAUGGUACUGACCCCGCCUUCCCAACUAGAAGUGAGCGUCCCGACGGAUUCUCCUUUCCACGCUGCGGAUCUUCUUUCAGCAGUCAAGCCCCUGCCUUCAAAUGCAAAAAAGAAAGUUUCCGAUCCCGCCCGGGAUGAACUUAACGAAAAAUUUGCCCAGGCAGAGGCUUUGGUCAAGAAAGUCUAUGUGCAACAUCCAAAUUAUGACCAUUUGGCUAAAGCGCUCCUUGAGGCCGGAUUGGAUGGGCUUACUGAACGUCUCCCACUGACAGUCGGCAUCCCCCUCUUGCCCACCCUUGGGUCGCCCACUCGCUCUUUGGACGAAAUAUACGAUCGGCUCGGUUUCCUCCCCUUCACGGCAGAGUUCAAGUAUGACGGGCAACGCGCUCAAGUUCAUGCAGCUCGAGAAGAUGGGUCUUCAUCACAAAUUAAAUUGUUUUCCCGACAUCUAGAAGACAUGACGGACAAAUACCCAGACGUUUGUACAUUGGUGGAGACUAUCUUCGCGCAAUCCCCAAAUAUUCAGUCGUUCAUACUGGACGCCGAAAUUGUCGCCGUGGAUCCAGUAGACGGUAGCCUCAAGACAUUCCAAGAACUCUCCAACAGAGCCCGUAAAGAUGUACAAUUGGACGAUGUGAAGGUUACGGUAUGCGUUUUCGCAUUUGAUAUAAUGUACCUCAAUGGAGAAAUCUUGUUGGGGAAGCCCUUUCGCGAGAGGCGAUCACUUCUGCGGUCUCAAUUUCCUCCCAUUAUCCCGCAGCACAAAAGCGCUGCCCGCUUUGAUCAUGUCCGGAGCUGCGAAAGUGAGGACGGGCGGGAGGCUGUGGAAGAAUUCUGGCAGACAGCGGUGAACAGUCGAAGCGAGGGGCUGAUGAUAAAGCUCCUGGACAGCGGGGAGAUUCUGCAGGAGCCUACUGCAAAAAAGGAUAAGGUUCGGAGGAAACCUCUCCCUGCAACCUAUGAACCGGAUAAACGUACAUCUGCAUGGCUAAAGCUGAAGAAGGACUAUGUCAUUGGUUUAGGCGACAGCCUCGAUCUCGUCCCCAUCGGUGCAUGGCAUGGCAAUGGACGAAAGGCGAAUUGGUGGAGUCCUAUUCUUUUGGCUGUUUGGGACCCAGAUGCUGGAAAGCUUGUUGCGGUCUGUAAAUGCAUGUCAGGGUUCACUGAUACCUUCUACAAGGCAUUGAAAGAACGGUAUCCUCCCGAUUCUGAAACCUGUGCGCGAGAACCGCGCUGGGAUCCAGAAUGUGACACUGGUGGUCUCAAGCCGGAAUUUUACUUCAAGCCCCAGGAAGUUUGGGAAAUUCGUGGUGCCGAUGUUACAAUUAGCCCAGUAUCCAUGGCUGCUUACGGACUGGUCUCGAAGACGAGAGGGCUCAGUUUGCGAUUCCCUAGAUUUAUCAAAGAGCGGGAAGACAAAGGAUUGGAAGAUGCUAGUACACCUCAGUUUCUAGCACGGAUGUGGGAGAGCCAGCAGGGGCAGGGUAAGGAUCUGGGCGGUGUUGAUGAAGGGGAGCUUGUUGAUGUCAUUGGAGAUACCGAUAUAGAGGAAGAGUCGUCUGGAGACUAAGGGCUUGAUGGUGGGAAACCGUCCAUUCCUCGACGAUAAUUAUCAGUGCUGUCCAAAGUACAGCCAUUUCUUUUAGCUUUGCUACAGAUUCAGUAUUUAUCAUCUUAUAGUUGUUCACCUUUGAUUGUUCGCAAUUUCGACAACAGGAACCGUUCUUUGGGCUCUUCACAUCAUAAGACUUUCCAAAUACGGGUUAGCUGCCUAUCCAGACGGCGGUGUCCGGGCGGACCUGAUCCCCUUGCCUCCCGACUGCCCGAUCCAUAGGAGGAUCGCACUGACUUGCUGCUUGUAGCUGCCUUUCGAUUGUAGCUCAAGUUUGCAGUGAUUUAGUCAAGUAUCCGCC